GCCUCUCUCCUGGUGGUAUGUCCCGGCUUCCCCCGUACCCGGACCAGGGUGGUACGCGCUGCCUCUGCUCGCCGCCCCUCCCCGUCGGUUUCCGCGCGAAAAGCCGGGACCGCCUGCGCCGCCGCCACCUCUGCUGCAGCCUCCGAGAUGCCGGCCCGCACUGCCCCAGCCCGGGUGCCUGCGCUGGUCGCCCCAGCCGGCUCACUGCCCGACGAUGUCCGAAGGCGGCUCAAAGAUUUGGAAAGAAACAGCUUAACAGAAAAGGAAUGCGUGAAGGAGAAAUUGAAUCUCUUACAUGAAUUUCUGCAAACAGAAAUAAAGAAUCAGUUAUGUGACUUGGAAAGUAAAUUACAUAAAGAAGAACUAUCUGAGGAGCGCUACCUGGCUAAAGUCAAAUCCCUGCUAAGUAAAGAUCUGUCUCUGGAGAAUGGUGCUCUCGCUGUCGGUCGGGAAGUGAAUGGACGUCUAGAAAACGGGAGCCGGGCAAGGGGUGAAACCCGAAGAGCGGGAAUGGCGGAGGCAGACAGCUCCCCUAAGCCCGCUUCCAAGCCUCGAACACCCAGGAGGAGCAAGUCCAACGGAGAGGCUAAGCCUGAACCUUCACCUAGCCCCAGGAUUACCAGGAAAACUACCAGGCAGACCACCAUCACGUCUCAUUUUGCAAAGGGCCCUGCCAAACGGAAACCCCAGGAAGAGUCUGAAAGAGCCAAACCCGAUGAGUCUGUUGAGGAAGAAGACAAAGACCAGGAUGAGAAGAGACGUAGAGUUACAUCCAAAGAACUAGUUGCUAGACCUCUUCCUGCGGAAGAACCAGAAAGAGUAAAACCGGGAACAUACACUGAAAAGGAAGAAGAGAGAGAUGAAAAAGUAAAGGCUUGCUUCCUUGAA